AUUUUCCCGAGGGAUGAGCAGGGCUAUGGUUUUUUCCAGGAGCAGAGCGGGGAUGGCUCGGGAAGGGUCGGGUGUUCCCUGUCCCUGUGACGGCAGCAGCUGAGGCGGCUCCUGCACUGCAACAGCACAAAAUGGGGAGAUACCUGGCCAGGGUGACGGACACGGAAGCCACGGACACCAAGAACCCCAACCUGAACUAUGGGAUYGUGGUGGACUGCGGCAGCAGCGGCUCGCGCGUGUUCGUGUACUGCUGGCCCCGGCACAACGGCAACCCCCACGACCUGCUGGACAUCAAACAGAUGAGGGACAGCCACAGGAAACCCGUGGUGAUGAAAAUCAAACCAGGGAUUUCCGAGUUUGCCGCCUCUCCGGAUAAAGUCAGUGAUUACAUUUCCCCUCUGCUGAGCUUCGCCGCUGAGCACGUGCCCCGCUCCAAACACAAAGAGACCCCUCUGUACAUCCUGUGCACUGCAGGCAUGAGGAUCCUGCCCGAGAGCCAGCAGAAAGCCAUCCUGGAGGAUCUGCUCACCGACAUCCCCGUGCACUUCGAUUUCCUCUUCUCCGACUCCCACGCUGAGGUGAUUUCGGGCAAGCAGGAAGGAGAAAAUGGCCAAAGAUCUGAGGAGGUGGCCAAGAAUCUCCUGGCAGAAUUCAAUUUGGGCUGCGAUGCCCACCAGACCGAGCACGUUUACCGCGUCUACGUCGCCACUUUCCUGGGGUUCGGGGGCAACGCUGCCCGCCAGAGGUACCAGGAGAGCCUGGCAGCCAGCACCCUGCUCAGGAACAGAGUUCUCGGCACCCAGACCGGCCUCAGCCCCGACUCCCCAUCCCUGGAUCAAUCCCAGUUUCUCUAUUCCAUAAAUCCUCAUUCCUCCCAUCCCUGGGAAUUCUCGGAUUACUGUGCCACCAGGUGGGCGGUGCUGCGGGAACGCUUUGACCGCGGUCUCUACGCCUCCCACGCCGACCUGCACCGCCUCAAGUACCAGUGUUUCAAGUCCGCCUGGAUGUUCGAGGUUUUCCACCGGGGUUUCUCGUUCCCCGAGAGCUACGGGAGCCUCAAGACGGCGCUGCAGGUSUACGACAAGGAGGUGCAGUGGACAUUGGGGGCCAUCCUAUACCGGACCCGCUUCCUGCCCCUCAGGGACAUCCAGCAGGACAAUUUCCGCGGGAUCCACUCCCGCUGGCGGAGCUUUUCCUUCGUCUACAACCAUUUCCUGUUUUUGGGAUGUUUUGGGGUUGUUCUGCUCUCCAUCCUGCUCUACCUGCUCCGCCUGCGCCGCAUCCAUCGCCGCCUCUUCCACCCGGGAUCGGCCCCAUCCCUCUGGAUCCACGAGGGGCUCCCCCAAAAAAACCCCCAAAAAACCCCAAACCCGCUCUGAGCUUCGCCUCGGGGAGGGGGAUCCGCCCAGGACUCGUUACAGAAAUCAUAAAAAAAACCCCAAAAAAACAAACAAACAGACAAAAAAAAAACGACAAAAAAAAGCCAUUUUUGCCUCAGGGUUGUUCAUUUUUGGUUUUUUUGGUUUUGUUGGGUUGGAGAAGAAGAGAGCGCCCGAAAAUCCAGGAAAAAAUGGACGGAAACGCCAAAAAAUGAGUUUUUGUUGGGAAUUGUUGAGUUUGGAGGUGCGGGAGAGGAUGAGCGUGAAUCUCCCUGGGAAACCGUGAGAAGAGCGAGAAUUCCCUGGAAUUUUAACGGAAUUUUAUCCCUGCGACGAGCGAGAAUUCCGUGGAAUUUUAAUGGAAUUUUAACUCUGCGAAGAGCGAGAAUUCCGUGGAAUUUUAACGGAAUUUUAACCCUGCGACGAGCAAGAAUUCCAUGGAAUUUUAUCCCUGCGACGAGCGAGAAUUCCGUGGAAUUUUAACCCCGCAAAGAGCAAGAAUUCCAUGGAAUUUUAAUGGAAUUUUAACCCUGUGAAGAGCGAGAAUUCCGUGGAAUUUUAAUCCUGCGACGAGCGAGAAUUCCAUGGAAUUUUUAUCCCUACUCAGCUCAGACUCUCAGCCAAAAAAUGGGAAUGGGAGAGCGCCAAAAACAGGAAAAAAAAUCAAUUUUUGGACGCUCGACUGCGGGAGACUCCGGGAAUGUGAAAAAAAACUGGAAAAGCAGAGCAGAGCGUGCACAGAGUCCUCUGUUAAUUUAUAUUUUAUUUAAAAAAUGUUGAUUUUGACUYGAAAGUCGAUUUGUCCGUGAUUAAAGGUGGGAUUUGUAUGAA